UAAUAUAUACUUGAAAUGUUAAAUUGUUUCCCAAGAAUUUUUUAUGUUUUCCUAUUUUUAAAAAUUGGAAUACAUUUACUUAAAACACAUCUGUUCAUUUUUUGGUUAACUAUUGUAAUCGAUGUGGUUUGUUACUGGUCUUAAUUUAAACUGGAACCAGACUUUCUAUUUGUGGUGUUUCCUUUAAUUGUGAUAAACAUUUUUUCUAAUUAAUUCUGUAGAAUUUUUCAUUUCUUUGUGUUUGAUCCAAAUAGUGUAGAAAGAGAAAUUCAAGGGAAUUUGCACUUUGAGCAAGUAAAUUCAUAUAAAAUAUGCAUUCCUCAGGCACUGCAAAUCUCUUGAAAAAGUAAAUUUUGAAAAAUCUUUUAUUUUGAAUUUUAUUUGGUGAGUUGCUUUUCAAGGAGAGCUAUUUCUUUAAAAAAAUUUUUAAUUUAAAUUCCAGUUAGUUAACAUACAGAGUUACAUUAGUUUCAGGUGUACAACUUAGUGAUUCAAUAUUUUCAUACAGUACCGGAUGCUCAUCACAAGUGCACUCCUUAAUCCCUAUCAUCUGUUUAACCCUAUGGUAAACAUCAGUUUGCUCUCUAUAGUUAAGGGUCUGUUUCUUGAUUUGCUUCUUUCUUUUUUCCCCUUUUCCCUUUGUUUUGUUUCUUAAGUUGCACAUAUGAAUGAAUUCAUAUCAUAUUGGUCUUUCUCUGACUUAUUUUUCUUAGCAUAAUACUCUAGCUCCAUCCACCUUGUUGCAAAUGGCAAGAUUUCAUUCUUUUUACGGCUGAGUAAUAUUCCAUCGUGAAUCUAUGUACCACAUUUUCUUUAUCCAUUCAUCAGUUGAAGGACACUUGGGCUGUUUCCAUACUUUGCCUAUUGUAGAUAAUGCUGCUGUAAACAUCAGUGUGCAUGUAUCCCUUUGAAUUAUUAUUUUUGUAUUCUUUGGUAAAUACCUAGUAGUGCAAUUGCUGGGUAAUAGGGUAGUUCUAUUUUGAACUUUUGGAGGAAUCUCCAUACUGUUUUCCAGAGUGGCUGCACCAGGUUGCAUUCUCACCAGCAGUGUAGGAGGGUUCCCCUUUCUUCACAUCCUUGUCAACACCCGUGGUUUCUUGUGUUUUUGAUUGCAGCCAUUCUGACAUGUAUGCCAUGAUAUCUCAUUAUAGUUUUGGUUUGUAUUUCCCUGACUGUGAGUGAUAUUGAGCAUCUUUUCUUUUGUCUUUGGGCCAUAUGGAUGUCUAUUUUGGAAAAAUGUCUAUUCAUGUCUUCUGCCCAUUUUAAAUCAGAUUAUUCAUUUUGGGGUGUUGAGUUUUAUAAGUACUUCCUAUAUUUGGAUAUCAACCAUUUAUUAGAUAUGUCAUUUGCAAAUAUCUUCCCCAUUCUGCAGGUUGCCUUUUACUUUUGUUGACUAAUUCCUUCACUUGGCAGAAGUUUUUAUUUUGAUGAAGUUCCAAUGGUUUAUUUUUGCUUUUGUUUCCCUUGCCUCAGUUGACAUAUCUAGAAAGAACUUGCUAUUGGUCAUGUCAAAAAGGUUACUACUUGCGUUCUCCUCUAGGAUUUUCACGGUUUCAGGUUUAUCCUUUAGGUCUUUAAUCUACUUUGAAUUUAUUUUUGUGUAUUAUUUUGUGUAAGAACGUGGUCCAAUUUGUUCUUUUGCAUGUUAUCAUCCGGUUUUCCCAACACCAUUUGUUGAAGGGACUGUCUUUUUUCCCUUGGAUAUUAUUUUCUUCUUUGUCAAAGAUUAAUUGACCAUUUAGUUGUGGGUUCAUUUCUGGGUUUUCUAUUCUGUUCUGUUGAUCUCUGUGUCUAUUUUUGUACCAAUACCAUACUGUCUUGAUCACUACAGCUUUGGAAUAUAACUUGAAGUCCAGAGAUGUGAUGCCUCCAGCUCUGGUUUUAUUUUUCAAGGUUGCUUUGGCUCUUCAGGGUCUUUUGUGACCUAAAAUGUAAAUUUUUGGAUUAUUUGUUCCUGCUCUAUGAAAAAUGCUGCUGAUAUUUUGUUAGGGAUUGCAUUAUAUGUGUAGAUUGCACUGGGUAGUUUUGACAUUUUAACAAUAUUUGUUCUUUGAAUCCAUGAGCAGGGAAUGUCUUUCCAUUUCUUUGUGUCAUCGUCAAUUUCUUUCACAAGUGUUUUAUAGUUUUCACAGUACAGGUAUUUUACCCCUUUGGUUAGGUUUAUUCCUAGGCAUCUUAUUGGUUUUGAUGUAAGUGUGAAUGAGAUUGAUUCCUUAAUUUCUCUUUCUGCUAUUUCAUUAUUGGUGUAUAGAAAUGCAACAGAUUUCUGCACGUUAAUUUUGUGUCUUGCGACCUUACUGAAUUUGUGUAUCAUUUCUAACAGUUUUUUGGUGGAGUCUUUCAGGUUUCCUACAUAGAGUAUCAUGUCAUCUGCAAAUAGUCAAAGUUUGACUUCUUCCUUGCUGAUUUGGAUGCCUUUUAUUUCUUUUUGUUGUCUGACUGCUGUGGCUGGGACUUCCAGUACUAUGUUGAAUAACAGUAGUGAGAGUGAACAUCCUUAUCUUUUUCAUGACUGUAGAGGAAAAGCUCUGUUUUUCCUCACUGAGAAUAUUAGCUGUGGGUUUUUAACAUAUGGCCUUUAUUAUGUUGAGGUAUGUUCCCUCUAAACCUACUUUGUUGAGAGUUUUUAUCAUGAAUGGAUUUUGUGCUUUGUCAAAUGCUUUUUCUGCAUCUACUGAAAGGAUCAUAUGGUUCUUAUUCUUUAUUUUUGGGGUGUAUUACAUUGAUUGAUUUAUAAAUAAAUUAAAGUAAUAUUCUUUAUUAAUGGGGUAUAUUACACUGAUUGAUUUGUAAAUAUUGAACCACCUUGCAACCUAGGAAUAAAUCCCACUUGAUCAUGGUGAAUGAUUUUUUUUUUUAAUGUAUUGUUGGAUUCAGCCUCAUAGAAUAAGUUUGGAAGUUUUCUUUACCUUUCCGUUUUUUCAAAUAGUUUGAGAAGAAUAGGUAUUAACUCUUUUUUUUUAACUUUUGUAUUCCCAUCUGUUUUUUUUUUAAUAUUUAUUUAUUUUUGAAAGAGAGAGACACACACACACACAGUGUGAGUAGGGGAGGGGCAGAGAGAGAGGGAGACAGAAUCUGAAGAAGGCUCCAGGCUCCAAGCUGUCAGCAUAGAGCUCAGUGUGGAACUUGAACUCAUGAACUGUGAGAUCAUGACCUGAGCUGAAGUUGGACACUUAACUCACUGAGCCACCCACUCACCCCUAUUAACUCUUCUUUAAAUGUUUGGUAGAAUUUGCCUUGAAGUCAUCUGGCCCUGGACUUUUGUUUCUUGGGAGUUUUUUGAUUACUGAUUCCAUUUCUUUGCCAUUUCAGAAAUAGGUCUGUUCAAGUUUUCUGUUUCUUCCUAUUUCAGUUUUGGUAAUUAUAUGUUUCUAGGAAUUUAUCCAUUUCUUUCAGGUUGUCCAAUUUAUUGGCAUAUAGUUUUUCAUAACAUUCUCUUAUAAUUGUUUGUAUUUAUGUGGUGUUGGUUGUUAUUUCUCCUCUCUCUUUGUGAUUUUUAAAAAUUUGGGUCUUUUCUCUUUUCUUUCUGAUAAGUCUGACUAGACGUUUAUGAAUUUUAUUAAUGUUUUCAAAGAACCAGCUUCUGGUUUCAUUGAUCUGUUCUAUUGUUUUUCUCUUUUUUUAAGUUUGUAUAUCAUUUAUUUCUGCUCUAAUCUCUCCUAUGUCCCUCCAUCAGUUGGCUUUAGGGUUCAUUUAUUGUUCUUCCUCUAGCUCCUUUAGGUGUAAGUUCAGGCUGUUUAUUUGAGAUUUUUUCUUGCUUCUUAAGGUAACCCUGUAUUGCUGUAUACUUUUUUUCUUAGGACAGCUUUUGCUGCAUCGCCAAGGUUUUGGAUCAUCGUUUGUUUCUAUGUAUUUUUAAAAAUGUCUUCUUUGAUUUCCUGGUUGACCCAUUCAAUGUGUAUCAUCAUGAUGUUUAACCUCCCUGUAUUUGUGGUCUUUCCAGAUUUUUCUUGUGGUUGACUUCUAGUUUCAUAGUGUUCUGGUUAGAAAAGGUGCAUGGUGUGAUUUCAGUCUUUUUAUAUUUGUUGAGGCUUGAUUUGUGACCUAAUAAGUGAUCUAUUCUGGAGAAUGUUCCAUGUGCACUCCAGAAGAAUGUGAAUUCUACUGCUUUAGGAUGGAAUGUUCUGAAUAUAACUGUUAAGUCCAUCUGGUCCAAUGUGUCAUUUAAAGCCAUUGUUUCCUUGUUUAUUUUCUGUUUAAAUGAUCUGUCCAUUGAUAUAAGUGGGGUGGUAAAGUCCCCUACUGUUAUUGCAUUAUUAUCAAUUAGUUCCCUUAUAUUUGUUAUUAGUUGUUUUACAUAUUUGGGUGCUUUCACGUUGGGUGCAUAAAUAUUUACAAUUGUUAGAUCUUCUUGGAUUGUCUCCUUCAUUAUGAUAUAGUACCCUCCUUUAAGGUAAGUGUACUCUUAAUCCCCUUUACCUAUUUCACCCUUCUUCCCACCCACCUCCCCUCUGGUAACCAUCUUCUCUUAGUUAAGAGUCUGUUUUUUUGUUUGUUUGUUUGUUUGUCUCAUUUUUCCCCUUUAUUCAUUUGUUUUGUUUCUUAAAUUCCACAUAUGAAUGAAAUCAUAUGGUAUUUGUAUUUCUCUGACUGAUUUAUUUUACUUAGCAUUAUACUCUCUAGAUCUAUCCAUAUAUUUGCAAAUGGCAGGAUUUCAUUCUUUUUAUGGCUAAAUAAUAUUCCAUUGUAUAUAUAUACCAUCUCUUCUUUAGCCACUCAUCUAUCAAUGGAAAUGGGCUGCUUCCAUAAUUUGGCUGUUGUAAAUAAUGCUGCAGUAAACAGGGGUGCAUAUAUCCCUUCAACUUGGUGUUUUCAUAUUCUUUGGGUAGAUACUCAGUAGCGUAAUAAAUGGACCAUAUGAUAAUUCUAUUUUUAAAUUUUUGAUGAACUUCCAUAUUGUCUUCAAUAGUGUCCACACCAGUUUGCAUCCCUCCCAAAAGUGCAUGAGGGUUCCAUUUUCCCCAUAUCAUCACCAAUACUUGUUGCCUUUUUUUUUUAAAUUUUAGCCAUUCUGAUAGGUAUGAGGUGAUACCUCAUUAUGGUUUUGACUAGCGUUUCCCUGCUGUUGAGUGAAUGUUGGACAUCUUUUCGUGUGUCUUUUGGCCAUUUGUAUGUUUUCUUUGGAGAAAUGUCUAUUCACAUUUUCUGCCCAUUUUUAAUUGGAUUAUUUGGUUUUUGGGUGUUGAGUUGUAUAAAUUCUUUAUACAUUUUGGAUACUAACCCUUCAGAUAUGUCAUCUGGAAAUAUCUUCUCCCAUUCAGUCGGUUGUCUUUUAGUUUUGUUGCCUGUUUCCUUUGCUGUGCAAAAGUUUUUUAUUUUAAUGAGGUCCGAAUAGUUUAUUUUUGUUUUUAUUUACCUUGCCUCAGGUGACACAUCUAGAAAGAUGUUAUGGCCAAUGUCAGAGAAAUUACUGCAAGUGCUCAUUUCUAUGAUUUUUAUGAUUUCAGCUCUCACAUUUAGGUCCUUAAUCCAUUUUGAGUUUAUUUUUGUAUAUGGUGUAAGAAAGUGGUCCAUUUUCAUUCUUUUGCAUGAGCUGUCUGUUUUUCCAACAUCAUUUGUUGAAGAGACUAUUUUUUUCCAUUGCAUAUUCUUGCUUCCAAGUGUUGUGAGUUUCAGAAUUUUAGUGAACAUUUACAUUCCUUGCUUAUUUAAAAGAAAGGUAUGUGUAAGUCAAAGAAAGGAGGGUCACCAGGAUGAUGUGAGCUUUGGAAGCUGUAUUAUCUGAGUAACUGAUUAUGUUACUCAUGACUGUAACUUUUUUGUAAUGUAGUUUGAUUUUUUUAACUCUAAAUUAGACUCUGAUUUGUAUGGUCACAGAAAUUCACCCCUCUAGCUCACACCUAGUUGGACUAAUAUGUAAUGUCCACAGCAGACUUUCAAGAACCAUUUAUAGUACUUAACUUUAAAGAAAUGAGGGCGCUUUAAAAAUGUGAACCAGUAGGCUUAGCUAAAUUAUAUUCAUAGUUGCUGUUUAUAGAAUUGUUAUUAGUAUACCUUUUGAGUUUAUAGUCAACAUAUCAUCCUGAAAUAUUCUUUAACUUAUAACUAGCUCCCCUAUUCUCCAUUUUAAAAGGAAAUCUAAGUUAAGACUACGAUUUCCAACCUACCAGACUUAAACAUUUUUUAUAAACCUAUGCCACUGUAAGUUAUAUGACUAAAUGCUAUUAAAGACAAUUAAUUAUGAGAAAUGUGGUUUUAAAAUUUGUACCUGCUCUUAUUUAGUGUUACUACAUAAAUGGUAUGCCUCUGUGGUUUUAUUGUCCAUUUUUGUGCUAAUUAAAACCAUGCAGAUUGGAAAAAUCUCAGGCAGAUCAAAAUUGGAAAGCAAUACAGGUGUAAUAAUUAUUCUACUUGCAAUUGGGAACAUGGGAAUAAAAUACUCAUGAGAAUUUGCUCUGUUAAGUAAAACUGAAAAUGAUAAAACACCCCAAGCUUGAUUGAAGGAUUGCUCUAAGUAUGACAGAUGAAUACUAACAUUAUGUGAUGAAAUAAAUUUAUGUUAUGAAAUAAUCUCAAUUAAAUUGGAGACUGUAAAAACAGGUGGACAUUCAUAAAAUCUGGGACUUAGAAAGAAUGGAAAGAAUAAAGAGAUAAGAACCAUGAACUUUUGGAAUGGAGUAUAUAAAUUCUGAUGAAAAGAAAAAUUCAAGAUACUUUCUCCAUGCAAAAUUCACUUAAUACAAAUGAUUUCUCUUCAAAGACCCCACUAACCCUCUAUUAUUGUGUUUUCUCAAGAAAAGUAUAUGAAUUAGUUGCUUAUAUUCCUUGCUUCCUACAAACAAAUACCUCUUCUAAGUUUUUCUUCCAUUCGUAAAUACUUGAGAUCUUGGGUCCCUAGAGAUACCAAGAAUUUUCUUAACAGAAAUCUAAGAAAUGAAGUUGUCUGAACUUUAUAUAAACAAAAGAUUUUAAAAUUUACUGCUUCUGACAUGAUUCAUUUUAUUUUUAUUUUAAAACUGGGAAAACGUAUUUUCAAGGCAUAAGGAGACCACAGUUAUGGUCACACUAAAUAUUCAGAAGUUAAGUCUCUUAAUGCUUUAAGCAAACAUGAGAAGUGUUGUUCUACGCUUUAAGAAAACUGAAGGAAAAAAAUCAGAGGUUAAAAUAAAAUUCAACAUUUAUUAAUAAAAUUGAUCAUUAUAGUUCUUACUUACUAUUUGACCACAUGAUGUCGCUCUUUACCGCGAAAUUCUCUCAUUCAAGGCAAAACGAAGUCCUCCGUUUUCAUAUUAGAAAGAUUCUCCACUGUGUUUUUCUAUGCGGAUGUUGAACAAUGGAGAGCACAUCAGGAUAGUAACGAAGAGAUAAGAUUCCUCCAAAUUUUGAGAUAAGUUACGCCGAUUUGAAUAAUUUUAAAAUCCCAAUUAAUUUGAAAUGGUGUACUCGAAUCGAGGCGACUGGGGGCACCAGCAUCUACUGCUGUUUUUUAUAAUCCUCACAGCCUGGGAAAGCGGAAGCGGCCAGGUCCACUACUCAGUCCCGGAGGAGGCCAAACACGGCACCUUCGUGGGCCGCAUCGCGCAGGACUUGGGGCUGGAGCUGGCGGAGCUGGUGCCGCGCCUUUUCCGAGUGGCUUCCAAAGGCCACGGGGACCUUCUGGAGGUAAACCUGCAGAAUGGUAUUUUGUUUGUGAAUUCUCGGAUCGACCGCGAGGAGCUGUGUGGGCGGAGCGCGGAAUGCAGCAUCCACCUGGAGGUGAUCGUGGACAGGCCGCUGCAGGUUUUCCAUGUGGAAGUGGAGGUGAAGGACAUUAACGACAACCCGCCCGUAUUCCCGGAGACAAAAAAGAAUCUGUUUAUAGCCGAAUCCAGGAUGCUAGACUCUAGGUUUCCACUAGAGGACGCUUCCGAUGCAGAUAUCGAGGAGAACGCUCUGUUGACUUACAGACUGAGCCCCAACGAGUUUUUCUCUCUGGACGUACCAACCAAUGGCGAACAGGAAAAACCUCUUGGUCUUGUAUUACGGAAAUCUUUAGACAGGGAAGAAUCUCCGGAACUUCAUUUAUUGCUCACAGCCACUGAUAGAGGCAAACCUGAGCUGACUGGCACUGUUCAGUUACUCAUCAAAGUGCUGGAUGCCAAUGACAACGCACCAGUUUUCGACAGAACACUCUAUGUGGCGAAAUUACCAGAAAAUGUUCCCAAUGGAACAUUAGUAAUUAAACUUAAUGCCUCAGAUUUGGAUGACGGCAUGAAUGGGGAUAUUAUUUACUCAUUCUCUAGUGACGUUUCCCCAGAUAUAAAAUCUAAAUUCUACAUGGAUGCCAUAAAUGGAGAAAUUAUAGCAAUAGGACAUAUCGAUUUUGAAGAAUGUAAAACCUACAAAAUUCGAGUAGAAGCGAUCGAUAAAGGCUAUCUACCACUAGCUGGUCACUGUACAGUUCUUGUGCAAGUUUUGGACGCUAACGAUAAUGCUCCAGAGUUGACUGUUACUUCCCUGUCUCUCCCUAUCUCAGAGAAUGCUCAGCGGGGCACAGUCAUCACCUUGAUCAGUGUGUCUGACCGAGAUUCUGGAGCUAAUGGCCAGGUGACCUGCACACUGUCGCCCCAUGUCCCCUUCAAGCUGGUGUCCACCUUCAAGAAUUACUAUUCGCUGGUGCUGGACAGCGCCCUGGACCGCGAGAGCGUGGCGAACUAUGAGCUGCUGGUGACCGCACGGGACGGGGGCUCGCCUUCGCUGUCGGCCACGGCCAGCGUGUCCGUGGAAGUGGCCGACGUGAACGACAACGCGCCGACAUUCGCGCAGGCCGAGUACACGGUGUUCGUGAAGGAGAACAACCCUCCCGGCUGCCACAUCUUCACGGUGUCCGCGCGGGACGCGGACGCGCAGGAGAACGCGCUGGUGUCCUACUCGCUGGUGGAGCGGCGGGUGGGCGAGCGUGCGCUGUCGAGCUACGUGUCGGUGCACGCGGAGAGCGGCAAGGUGUACGCGCUGCAGCCGCUGGACCACGAGGAGCUGGAGCUGCUGCAGUUCCAAGUGAGCGCGCGCGACGCGGGCGUGCCCCCGCUGGGCAGCAACGUGACGCUGCAGGUGUUCGUGCUGGACGAGAACGACAACGCGCCCGCGCUGCUGCCGCUGCCUGGGGCGGGCGGCGUGGGCGGCGCCGUGAGCGAGCUGGUGUGGCGGUCGGUGGGCGCGGGCCACGUGGUGGCGAAGGUGCGCGCGGUGGACGCGGACUCGGGCUACAACGCGUGGCUGUCGUACGAGCUGCAGCCGGCGGCGGGUGGCGCGCGCAGCCCGUUCCGCGUGGCGCUGUACACGGGCGAGAUCAGCACGACGCGCAGCCUGGACGAGGCGGACUCGCUGCGCCAGCGCCUGCUGGUGCUGGUGAGGGACCACGGCGAGCCGGCGCUGACGGCCACGGCCACCGUGCUGCUGUCGCUGGUGGAGAGCGGCCAGGCGCCCAAGGCCUCGUCGCGGGUGUUGGCGGGCGCCGCUGGCGCGGAGACGGCGCUGGUGGAUGUCAACGUGUACCUGAUCAUCGCCAUCUGCGCGGUGUCCAGCCUGCUGGUGCUCACGCUGCUGCUGUACGUGGCGCUGCGGUGCUCGGCGCCGCCCAGCGAGGGCGCGUGCGGGCCGGGGAAGCCCACGCUGGUGUGUUCCAGCGCGGUGGGGAGCUGGUCGUACUCGCAGCAGAGGCGGCAGAGGGUGUGCUCUGGGGAGGGUCCGCCCAAGACCGACCUCAUGGCUUUCAGCCCCAGCCUUCCCCCGUGUCCUGGAUCUCUGAAUCCAACGGAAGAUCCACAAGCUUCUUUGGAGUCUUCUGGAAAGAAGAUCAGUGAACAUCUAGCAAUGUAUUUAUCUUUUGGAUCAUCAGGAAGCAUGCACACACUGGGAUCCAGGGAGGUUAGGAUUUGAAACAGCUGAGAAGUUCAAAAUGGAGAAGUGAGAGCAUGGAAGACAUUUUACUUUUUUGCCUAGUAACUAGCCCUCUGUGUUCCUGUGGGUAACACUCCUCACUUCAAGCAGCAACCAUUAAAUCAAUAAUGAAACUUCCUAUGUCAGCCCCUAAAUUGUAGUUUUUAUAUAGGGUUAACUAUCUAAGUUCUGACUUAAUCUUAGACACUUUUGAGAGUGAAGGGACACUAUAAGUAAGUAUACAAGACUACAGACAUAAACAGAGUAUAUCCCAGGUAACUUGGGGUCUAUGGCCAGCCUAUCCUAUCCUAGACCUGAUAAUGCUAACUGCAUUAGCAACAUCUGGAGUCCUUAUUGAACAUUCUGGUUCCCAGACUCUACUCCACAAUUUCUGAAAUAAGUAGGACUGGCAAACUUGCUUUUCAAUAAGCACUCCAGGUGUUUCUUAUUCAGCUGAAGUUUUAGAUCUAAUAGGCUUAUGAGACACUUAGCGAAGCAAGUUCCUAUUAUUUGAGAGUAUAUAAUUUAACUACCCCUGCUUUGUAUUCAUUAUUGCAGAUUUAACUGGCACAUUUAUGCUAUUACUUGCUAUAAAAUGCACAUUAACAGGAAUGGAGUAUAGUUUAUAUUAUUACCUUGUGUUGCGAUGAUUAUUCACUAAUAAACUUAUUUUUAGAUUCCAGAAAGUAGCUCAAACUAAACAUUGAUUGGUAUCGUAGAUAGACACAUAAGUUGUUACACUUUAAUUUGUGCUUUACAAGAAAAAUAGCCACUAAAACCAGAAUUUGAAUGGAUUUUCACCUAGGGUCAAUCUGAAGAAGUAGAAGAUUAUAAAAACAAUUUAAUGGCACACAUGAAUCCAUGAAUGAAAUGACUCUCAUUCCUGUCACUUUUUUUGUUCAUAAGUGUCAGUCUGUUUUUCAGCUCUUAAUAGCAACUGAAAGAGUUCAAAAUUAUUGAUCUCUGUUAUAACUUACAAUAUCAUUAAAGUAAAGAAAAUAACCUUUGGAUAAGACCAAAGGUCCUAUUACUAAGUUUUUCCUUUUUGGGGAAAAAAAGAACUUUUUCUCUUUUUUCAGUAGUGCAGAUAUAUUAAUAGAGAAUUUCAUUUGCUAAAUACUUGAUUCUAAAAACUUUAAGACAGAAAAUAUUUUACUCCAGGCGAUAAUGGAUAUUUUAUUGACACUGAUAAAACUAUUAGAUAAUUCCCAAACUGUAUAUUUGGGGUACUCAAAAAGCUUAAAUGUAACAAAGAUGAAAGUGCUUAUCUUUAGAAUCAUAAUUAAAGUUCUUUUUUCCCAUGUAAGAUACAUAUAAAAAAUGUAACUUCUCCCUGUAUAACUGAUUUCUCAAAAAAGUACUUUUCUGCUUUCCUAAGAUGGGAACCACCCACCACUCAGCCUGUGUAGUAGCAAUCGUAAAGGUAUUGCAGAAUGAUAAUAUUAUAUAGGUAAUAAUUUUUACCAAAAAGCUGAUUUUGGUCUAGACCAUUAUGAAAAUAAAUGUGGCUAAAUUGAGGGCUGAAAAUAUCGCCAUUUAUGAGCCAUUCACUUUCCUUAAGGUAAUAUCCUAGGUCUCCUUAAGGUAAUAUCCUAGGUAUCUAAUGUAUCAUAAUUCACACAACCCCCAUAUUAUUAUUGUGUGAAUGUUAUGAAACUGGAAACAGAGACAGAGAGAGUCACACAACCAGUAAGUUUAAGAAUAGGAAUCAGAAUGGAGUCAUUUCCAAUAUUGAGCCGGUGUUCUUCUCUCAACUUUCUAGUGAUUACUGAAAUUUAAGAGUUUCAAACACCUCACAGAGAAGUGAUACUUGAGAUUAGCAUCUGGUAAGGUUUAUUUAAUCGCAAAAAUAAUGAGAAAGAGAAAUGAAUUAAGUAUCAAACUUGAAGACAUAUAAAUUUGUUAUCCAGCAAAAUACUAAUACACUAGUAUUAUAAAAUAUUAAGAGCAUUUUCAAAUGUAGCUAAUGAGAGUCAUGGGGAAGAAAUUACUUCCCGAGAUUCUGAAUUUAAGAAAAUGCUGAACUGAAGGUCGACAAUGAUUAUUAUUAUGUACAAAAGAGACCUCAUGUGAAGUUUUGAAGAUCCAUAGAGCUACAAAUAUGUACAAAUAGAAUCAAACGCUGUGAAUGAAGGACAAGUUGUUAAAACUCACGGAAUUGUACUUACACAUUCAGCCACCGGAUGUCGCUGUCUUCCACAAAAUUUUUUUUGGAACAAAGGCAUAAUCCUGUUUCUCGAGGACUAGAAAGGAACUACAUUCGCAGAUCUCGGCCGUUUCCAUAAAAGUGGAUGUAAGAAAUCGAAUAGGAAAAUUCAGACAGCAGUUGUUCUAGACCGCUGAUUCAUCAACUUGUAAAUCG